CUUCCUGCAUUGUGCUAUUCGUGGUGUUUCUCUGUGUUCGUCAUGUUUGCUGUGUUAUGAGAAAGCACUUGUUGACUGUAAAUAAUAGGGUUGUCUAGAUUUGAUUCGAUUUAAUCAUGAUACGAUUUAAUCGUAUAAACGUGAGAUGGAUUUAACAUUUAUGUUGCUGCUAAAAAUCAAUUCUUAAGAAAAAUCCGGAUUUUGUUAUACAUCAAACUACUUUUACUUGUAUUGACUUUUUGUUGACAAACUACGAGAAUAACGAUGGCUGCGAGAGGCAUUCAUAGUUUAAGAUUUAAUCAGGAUCAAGGAUGCUUUACAUGUUGCAUGGAGUCCGGAUUGAGAAUUUACAACGUUGAACCACUGGUUGAGAAAGCUCAUUUUGACAAUGAUUUAAUGGGAAGCAUUUCCAUAGCCGAAAUGCUAUGGAGGACGAAUGUGAUCGCUGUGGUGGGCGGUGGAAAUCGUGCUAAAUUUGCCGACAACACCGUCUUGAUUUAUGAUGAUCUAUCAAAAAAGUUUGUUAUGGAAGUCACAUUUACCAGUCCUAUCAAAGCAGUCAGAUUACGAAGAGACAAAAUGGUAGUGGCGCUGCAGCGAGAGAUUCAUGUCUUUUCGUUUCCCACACCCGUUCGGAGGUUACUGACGCUGGAAACUAGAGACAAUCCCAUGGGCUUGGUAGAAAUAGCAACAUUUGCCACAGCGCAGAAACAAUUGCUGGCUUUUCCUGGUCACAAACUGGGCAGUGUACAGUUGGUAGAUCUUGGAGCUACAGAGGCUGGAAGUUCCAGUGCUCCUGUUACUCUUUCAGCACAUCAGGGUGCACUGGCUUGUCUGGCGGUCAAUGGUAAUGGGACCAUGAUUGCAACUGCAUCUGCUCAGGGAACCCUGAUUAGAGUGUGGGAUUCUGUGCGCAGGAGUUUGUUAGUGGAAUUAAGACGAGGUGCCGACCCGGCUACACUCUAUUGUAUAACUUUUAGCAGGGACUCAGAGUUUUUAUGCGUCUCAAGCGACAAAGGAACGAUACAUAUAUUCGCCCUGAAAAACACCAGCUUGAACCGACGAUCUACUUUCUCGAACAUGGGUUUUCUCGGUAAUUAUGUUGAGAGUCAGUGGGCAUUGGCUACAUUCACAGUGCCUCCGGAAUGCGCGUGCGUUUGUGCAUUUGGUACACACAAUUCUGUGAUAGCUGUAUGUAUGGACGGAACUUUCCACAAGUACGUCUUCACAGCAGAAGGUAAUUGCAAUCGGCAAGCAUUCGACGUCUUCCUCGACGUGUGUGACGACGAUGAUUUCUAACAUAAGGCCUACUGCGUGUGUAUGUGUGUUUAGUUACGGAGUUAUGUACUUGCAACAAAAUUUCUAGUCGGUUCACGAACGAAAUAUCCUGUAUGUGAUAAUUGUACAGGUAAUCGAAUCGCCGAUUACGUAGAAAGUGCAUAAAGUCAUGUUAAGAAGGUUAAUAUUCAUGCAGUUUUCAAGUACAAUUUUUUGUAUGCACUUUCUGCAAUUAAUUGUACAGUUGUAAUAAAUAUUAAUAGACAUUUAUUUUAUACAA